UAAGUUGUUUUGCUUUCUCAUAUACGCCUCCCUUACAUAGCUCGUCCCUCGCCCGCUGAGGCUGAUUCAAACGAAAACGACUGCCUCCCGAAACCUCGACGUCUCUGAUCCCUCGAUUUGCCUCCAUUCGAAGACCUCCUCUCUUGCUCUUCAACGAGACGAGCGAACGGUAUGGGGAGGGGGAAGAUAGUGAUAAGGAGGAUUGACAAUUCGACGAGCAGGCAAGUGACGUUCUCGAAGAGGAGGAACGGACUGUUGAAGAAGGCGAAGGAGCUGGCAAUUCUGUGUGACGCGGAAGUCGGAGUCACGAUCUUCUCCAGUACCGGAAAACUGUACGAUUUCGCAAGCACCAGCAUGAAAUCAGUAAUUGAACGGUACAACAAAGCAAAAGAGGAUACACAUGAUUUGGGAAACCCAACCUCUGAAAUCAAGUUCUGGCAAAGGGAGGCAGCAAUGUUGAGACAACAACUGCAGAACAUGCAAGCGAUCCAUCGGCAAAUGAUCGGUGAAGAGCUGUCUGGUUUAAGUGUGAAAGACUUGCAAAACUUGGAGAACCAGCUAGAAAUGAGCCGUCAGGGAGUCCGUAUGAAAAAGGACCAAAUUCUAAUGGAUGAGAUACAAGAACUGAACCAAAAGGGAAACCUCAUUCACCAAGAAAAUGUGGAACUCUAUAAGAAGGUAAACCUAAUUCGCCAAGAAAACAUAGAAUUACAAAAGGAGGUUUAUGGAACAAGAGAUGUGAAUGGAGCAAACAAGAGUUCUCUCCGCAGUAAUGGUCUAGGCAUUGAAGAGGACUCAGAUGAACCUGUCCAUCUCCAGCUUAGCCAGCCACAACAACAAAACUACAAACCAGCAAGAGCUACAAAAUUGGGGUACAGUUUCAACCACAAAACUGAUAGCUCAUACAAAAUAAUCGGUUUGAAGCAAUGAUAAAUCACGAACCAAAACUUAUUUCAUUGGUAACUGCAGCAGGUUGCAACUACAAUAACAAGGUGCUACAACCAUGACAGAUGUUACGGGAUUAUCAUCAAAAAUGCCCCUAAGUUAGAAGGUUAUGCUUUUGUCAAUAAGAUGUGGUAUGUGAACCACUAACCAUUUGAUUGAAAAAAAGAUUGUGGUUUGGCAUGUGUGUAAUGAGUAAGGAAUCUGGCUGCUUAUGUAAAGAUAAGAUGACAUAUAAUAAAGGAAGGAAUUGACUUUCCAAAAU